AUGCGGAUUUUGAUCAGUAACAAAAAACAGCGGACGCUUGCGCUGGCCUCCGAAACGCAUGUGCUACUGUUCCGAUAUAUCCCCGCGACUGGUAAGUGUGCGAUUGAGCUGGUCGCCAAGGAUCAGUUCCACCAGAGAAGUUUCCGCUCUCUCUCCAGACACAAGCCUCUUGGGUUUCUGGGCCUCAUAGAGAUGAACGGAAAUGUGUUCCUGGCCGUCAUCACAGGAAAAGUUGACGUCGCCUCGCCGACGGACGGCGAGAUUAUCAACAAAAUCAUGGACGUUGAGUUCCACUGUCUGACAAAAGACACCUGGGACUUCCUCGAGCUCAACGCCAACGGGUUCCCCGUUGAGGCCGACGGCGAGUCGCAGCCGGGCGGAUACCCCUCUAAGUACGAGCAGCAUCCUUGCUACGAGCUGCGUAAGCUACUCACGGACGGCUCUUUCUUUUACAGCACAGACUUUGAUCUCACAAGCACCUUGCAAACAAGAGGCAUGGAUACGCGGCACUCUCUCUCAAUGGACAGAUACCAUCUUGACUACAUGUGGAAUGCCUUUAUGAUGGAGGAGGUGAUCAAGUUCCGCAACAACCUCGACGAGGUCCCGAAACGCAUUUUGGACGAAAACAAAUAUCUGACCACGGUGAUUCGCGGGUUUGCAGAGACGCUCCGUGUGAGUGUUGGUGGUCGCCGUGCACGACUGACAAUCAUCUCCAAACAGUCGUGGAAACGGGCGGGGACUCGGUUCAAUGUUCGAGGCGUCGACGACGACGGCAACGUUGCCAAUUUCGUCGAGACCGAGCUGAUUUACAACGACGAGAGUCACGUGUUUGCGUACACACAGAUCCGUGGUUCGAUUCCGGUGUUUUGGGAGCAGGACACAGCGCUGAUCUCGCCCAAGGUGCAAAUUACAAGAAGUUUCGAGGCGACACAGCCAGUAUUUGAAAAACACUUUGAGAACCUCAACGGCAAGUAUGGUCCCGUCAACAUCGUGAACUUGCUUUCGUCGACAAAAUCCUCCGAAGUGGAGCUCAACAGAGAGUACAAGCGUCACUUUAAGGCACUGAGCAAGAAAAAGCCGGACUCUGUUUAUUUCACAGAUUUCGAUUUCCACCAAGAAACCGCCAAGACGUACGCUCAUGCUACCAAAAUUUUGUCGGAUCUCCAGCUGGCACUCGACAAGUUUGGUUUCUACUGCUACAACAAGGCGACCAAAGAGGUUCUUUUAGAGCAAGACGGGGUGUUCAGAGUCAACUGUCUCGACUGUCUUGACCGUACUAAUGUUGUCCAGCAGGUUAUAUCCAUGGCUGCUCUGGAGGAGUUCAUCAACGCUUUCCGCAAAGGCGACACAUACGACCUCAAUUUGAAACACAGCACGCUUUGGGCCGACCACGGCGACCAAAUCUCCCAGAUCUACACCGGCACAAAUGCGCUCAAGUCGAGUUUUUCUCGCUCAGGCAAGAUGGGCCUUGCCGGCGCUCUUUCGGACGCCACAAAGAGUAUCAGCAGAAUCUACAUAAACAACUUUGUUGACAAGGGAAAGCAAGCCGUGACGGACACUUUGCUAGGCAAGAACUCGGGCCAGAUCCCUGUGAUGAUUUUCGAUCCAAUCACCGACUACGUGAACGAGGAGUGCAAAAAAUACGAAAGCAGAUUCGUCUCGCACGAGGACAUCACAAUAUACGUCGGAUCAUACAAUCUGGCAGGUAACACUAUUUCUGGCGACCUCACGUCGUGGUUAUUCCCACGUCAAGUUGGAGGCCGCUCCUUUUCGCCAGAUAUAGUGAUCGUUGGCUUCCAGGAGGUGAUUGAGUUGAAUGCGUCCAACAUCCUGAAGAACGAUUCGUCACCUUCUCAAUACUGGCAGACGGCCAUCGAGCACCAGCUUAAUGACGGCGGGUCCAACAAAUACGUCAUGUUGCGGGCAGAGUACAUGUCGUCUGUUCUCCUGCUCUUGUACGUGAAGGCUGACGCUGUUUCGAAAAUCACACAGGUGGAAGGAAAAUCCAAGAAAACAGGUCUCGGCGGAAUGACGGCCAAUAAAGGCUCGGCCGCCAUCCGUUUCGACUACGGUUCGACCUCGUUCUGUUUCUUCAACUCCCAUCUUGCGGCAGGAACCACCAAUAUUGACGAAAGAUAUAACGAUUUCAUCACCACCUGGAAUGCGAUCCGGUUCUCACGAAAUCGCCAGAUCAAGCACCACGACAACAUCAUAUGGCUCGGGGAUUUGAACUACCGUAUAUCCAAGGCUAACGACGACGUGAGAGCGUUAUUGUCAUCCAACGACCUCAAGACUUUGCUCGAAUAUGACCAGCUCAAGAUCGAGCUCAAACGGCGCGCAGAGAUGAAAGGUUUUAAGGAGAUGCCCAUCAAGUUCAUCCCCACGUACAAGUUCGACAAAGGAACGACCAACUACGACACCAGCGAGAAACAGCGUGUUCCGUCAUGGACCGAUAGAAUUCUCUAUAAAGGCAGGUCACUCUCGCAGUUGCACUAUGACGCCAUUGUGGACCUUGUGUUCUCGGACCACAAGCCCAUUUAUGGUGUUUUCACUUCAAAAGUGAAACUCGUAGACCAAAAGACCAAGUCUCAGCUACUCGAAAAGCUGUACACCCAGUACAGAUCUUCUGCCGUCAAGUCCGACGAAUUGAUGGAUUUGAACGAGCCAGAUGACGACGUCGACGACUCGGAGUCAAGGUCAUUCGCCUCGUCGAACUGGUCAACAGCCUCGGCUCCAACAUUGAUCGAUAUUUCUGGAGACUCCUCCAGCACUGCUCCUACGUUGCCAAGACGCUCGCCACCUCAAUCACAAGAAAACACUCUGACCACUCCGCAGAGACGUCGUGUGCCGCCUCCGUACGAUGCAAACGAGUCCGCGGCCAUGUUGGUCCCAGGUCUGUCCUCGUCUUUGCACACCGCGUUGAAGCCUAAACCUUCGUCCGCAAACACAGAACAUAAGUACUCACUCGAAGCGAUGAGACCCACGCGCUCGGCCACGAGUUCUCCAGGCCCAAUAAGCUCUUCUGCGCCGCCUCCACCUCCUCCGCGGAAAGUGCAAACGUCAGAGCAGGCUCCAGCACCACAACGGCCAGAAAAAAUCACACCCAUCGUGCCUAGCAAACCGAAAAGCCUGAAAGGUGCCUCCGCAGAGUCGCUCACUGAAAAAUGGGCUCCUAUGCAACCAAAUAGAAAAGUUUGA